AGUUGACUCGCACAUUUGAAAUUUGUUGAAAUGUAUCAAUGUUAGUUAUUUGUCUAGGUUGAACGCACAGCCGGUAUUUUAACUUUCUGUUUUUUGUUGCAGUUGCAAGGUAUGAAUUGAUCCAAUAUCAAAUUAUGUCAUUAUCAAAGUUUUCUAAUCUAUUUCUUGACGAUUUACCAAUCCAUCGAUUUUGUAUGUUUUUUGUAUUGUUUACAUGAAAUAUAUUCGAUUUUAUAAACCAGCUACAAAUGAUUUAAAUGUGUAUUUACAAGACAUCAUCAAUCAACUUUUACAUAUUAAAGAAUCUGAAGAUCCAGUAAAUGUUAAACUAUUCCUAUCAAAAUAGUAUAUUUUAGCAGGUUUACUUUUAAUAGCAUGUUAUUAUUUUGUAGUUUUGAACAUGUUGUAAAUGGGACACAUACUAUUCAUAGAGAAUUUAAAUAUAUAUCAGCUAUUCCCUAUAAUCGUAUAACAUUUUUAUUUAAUUUAUGGAAUGCUUUCAUGCCACUGAAAGAUAAAGAUUUCACUAUUGAAGAAUUUUACACAAUUGUCCAAUUAUUUUGUUUCGAUUUUCCUGGUGAAAUACUCUCUCAGUGUCAAAAAACUUUGAAUAUAGUACACAACUCUACAAUAGUUUACCCUUACAAAGAUUUGUUUUGUUCGGUGAAUCAGACAUUUCCAAUGGAGACGAUGAACAUAUUAGUUGACUUACCAAAUAAAUAUGUGGACUCAAUAGAAUUUCUUAAUUUUACACGUGGGUUGUAUAAAGAAUCAACUUUAUUAUUACCGCCGAAAUUAGUGAUGCAUAAAUGUGCUAAAACAUAUCUAUUUCACUCAGAAUUUAAUCUAUAUGGUUUAUUCACAUCUUUGGCAACAGAUCACUUAUUAAUAAAAGAGAUAGGGUUUCCUCAAGUCCAUGGUUCAUAA